GCUCGCUUUUCUUCAUGUUAAAUCUGCACUCAACAAAAGUGAAUCCUCUUCACAUGGUUUUCCUUCAAUUUUCAAAUGUCUCAGGCUAAAUAGUUCUGAAUGUCAUUUUGUCCUAACGCCAUCCUUCGUUCCCGCUUGAACGUUGGACUGUCUCCGUCCGCCUGGACGAGUCCGAGACUAUGGCAUCGGCAAAGAGGCACGACGUUAACGUUGCGCCGUCUGUUGAGCGGUGCUCCAGGUUCAAGCGGCAAUAGUUUGGAUAAGCUUAGGGUUGUCGACAAUGAUCUGCCAUCACCGGAAGCCUCCCAGCAAAGCGUCGCCCAGAGUAUCCUCCAUCUGAGGAGCACCGCCGCCCGUCCCUCGCCUGCCUACUCCAGUCACUACCGAGAUAUCACAAUACCCGAUACAUUAGGACUAGAAACUCCUUAUAAAUUCCCUCUUGAAUAUCAAAAUGGACAAGAGACGCUUUCGAUGGAGGCAGAAGAUGAUACGAGCGUGCCUGCGAACGCGACGAUGAAAGCCGACCAUGUGAAAACGAUAUCCGUACCAUCAACGCGAAAGUGGAAAGAUGAUCGUCUACGUCUUCAAGCGUUAAUUGAACAGCUUAAUCGACAAGCCCAAGAGUUAGGGAAGCCUAUGACGGCACGGUCGAUACAUUUGGAUGCCAGCAUCAGGUUAAAAUCGCUCUACCGCCGCCCGUUAGGCUUUCGACAGUGGAAGUCGGCAUGCCUUGAAUUGUUCUCAGCCAAGUCCGAUGACCGCGAAAUUAGCAAUCCUGCAUUAAUACCUGCACUCAACGAAAGUGACUGGGAUCUUUUCCGAAAAAUACAGGAGGACGGCCUAGACAGUUUUAAGGAGGCCUGGGAAGAAAUGAAUAGGCCUGCCAAAGCAUCUCAUUGGCAACGGCUGGCAUUGCACCUGCUACAACAGUCUCCCGACCUUAUGUUGAAAUUUCUGUUGGUCACUUGCCAGAGCAGUGAUAUACCUAAUUUCAACAUGGUUGUAGACUCCUUCAUAUACCUCGAACAGUUCCACCGGGAUGCACUCACCGAAUGGAAAGAGGGCGAAUAUACAUACGACUCGGUCAUCGAGCUCUGUCUCGAUCCCAGGGACUGGCCGAUAUUACGUGUCACACAGAAAGGUAUUUGGCUUUUCCUGCAGCGAGCCAGUCACAAAGGCCUGGUCCUUGCCCUCCGGACGGUGAACGAGCGCCAGACCAGUCUUACAGGCGAAACCGUCUUGGUAUUCAUGCGUCGCUUUAUGGAAAUGAAGGACGUUGACAAGGCUCUGGAAACUUUGCAGCUCUUAAGUACGAUUGACCAAGAGGAGUUUGCACUGGACUCCCAAGUGGUGAUGCGUACCUGCUGUAAGCUGCUUACUCUGGAUACGGUGCAGACACAGGAUGGAGUACGCAACUUUCAUAUCCUUCCAAGGCUUCUUGAACUCGGGAUUCGUCCUGACCGAGACAUGAUGAACGUUGUCUUAUCAAAUGCCUUCAAAACCGGAGACCCGGAGCUAGGCUUCGACGUUCUCGACUUCAUGAAGAGCCAUAAUCACGAGUUCGAUUCUUACACUUAUAUGACCCUUCUCUGUGAUGCCGUUGCCCGUGGCGAGCGUCAUCGCGUGGAUUUAUUACUGCAAGAAAUCCAAUCGCAGGAUCAGCUAAGAGAAAAUCCAUUCCUCUCUAGCAAGCUAUUCCAUGCUCACUAUGUCUUCACCGCUAAACAUAUGGACACCGAUGCCGAUGCUUCUGAAAUUUUCUCCUCAAUGCUCAAUAUGUACAAUGAGCUGCAUGACAUCACGCCGUUAAAGGAGCUUCUUAUUGUUCCGCCUAAUUAUACCCCUCCAAUCAGGGGCAUGAACAGCCCACCAUCCAGGAUUGCUAUGUACAUCAUGCUAGCAACUUAUUUCCGCUGCCAGAAAGGGACUUCAAACAUCAAUCGAGUCUACUCGAGGUUUCGGGCCCUGUUGACAGAAGGCAAUGAGAUGAUUGCGCCUCUGGCAGAAACGGAUCAUAUUUACAACGAGUUUAUCGUGGCGUUUCGCGACUCGCCUCGCAACUUGCGCCGCUGCGUACGAAUUGUUGAGGACAUGCUUUCGCACAUUGCCCAAGAUGGAGUCAUCGAGGGGGAAAACGGGAAUAGGUUCAUCCAUGCCAAACCGAGCGUGCGUACCUGGUCCAUCCUGCUUAGCGCCUUCAUCUUCAACAAGCAACUGUUUGCUGCGGAGAAAGUGAAGGAGAUGAUGGCAAAGUACAAUAUCCAGUUCAAUGAGGUCACCUGGAACCACGUCAUCAGCGGCUAUGCUAAUGCCCAGAUGAUCCCCGAAGUCGCCCAGGCGAUCAAGUCCAUGGAAGAAGACGGAUACUCUGCUGACGCGUACACCGUGCGGAGCCUUCGCUACCUCCGUGACCCGGAGCGUCUAUGGGUUGCCGUCGAUGAGCUGGAUGCCAAUUCCGAAGCAUUGGAUGCCCGUCUAGCCCCCUUCGCGAAGCCAAGCGAGUUCGCCGGGGAACCGGAAAAGGAACACGAGCAUCUACUGGAUCGCGGCCUCCAGAAUCUGAAGAUGCAACUUCAGUCUUGAUCUAUAAUACCCCUUUCAGCUUCGAAAAUUACCUCGAACCAUGUGCUUUGCGAUGGCAUAUAUACUCCUAGGAAACAGGCGCAGGUGUUUUGCGGUGCAUAAAGCAGUGCUAUUUUAGAUUUUCUCAUGUAUAAUAAUUGCAUAUGUACAACAGACAUAGAAGAAUCAUGACUUAAAUUUCUAACUGUGAAUCGCCAUUCAUUUAGUAGACUACCAAGCUCGAGGCUUGGCCCAGUGUAUUGUGUGAGGCUUGGCCCAGUGUAUUGUGUACAGGAUCUAACCACCGAAGAAAAUCGAGAUCUAGCCAUUAUGUUAGU